AGACAGCCACUCUGGGAGAAGGGAAUGGCAGACAUUAUCGCUCCAUCUGUUAAACCACUCAUUGUCCUAUCAGUCUGACUCAGAGACAAACUACCCGAGAGUGAAGGCUUUUACCACCCUGAGACAUUCCUUUUAUGUGCCUCACAGUCAACACUAUUCCUGGGAGACUGUUUUGGUGAUCACACUCUGAAGAACUGUUACGCUGAUGUUGCUAUAAAGCAGGAAUACAUGCAGAACUGCCAAUGGAUUUUGUUAUGCUGUUAUGAGACAAGUUACAUCCCUAAGGGCACUUUCACUCUGUCAGGCUUUUCACUGUCAUUGGUCAUUCCCAGGAGUAAGAGGCAGCCAUGACGUGGGCGGUGUGAGAGGGGUGAAGUCAGCCCAGAGCUGGAUGUGCGGGACAGUUCCAUGGGCCUAAAAGACCAUGUGGAGGAUGGAGCAGGCCGCAUCCUUGACCUGGGGCUGGAUUUGGAGUACCUCCACGUAGAAGGGGCCAACCGUCAGGCUGGCGUGGAGGCAGGGCCCGGUAUGGAGAAAGGAGAGGAGGAGGAGGAGGAGGAGGGUGGUGGCUCCAGUGGUAGCUCUACUCCGUCUGGGGAGGUGGAGGAGAGUGCUGGCUCUGAGAGCGAGCCCGACCCAGCCCCGCCCGCGCCCAGCACCACCAACCCUCACCAGCCUCUCUGCCGGGCCUCCUGUGUGGACCUGGGCUGUGAGGGGCCCCCGGAGCCCCCCCCGGAGCAGCCAGGGGCCGGGCUGAAGGAGUACCAGACCAAGCUGGAGUUUGCUUUGAAGCUGGGCUACGCGGAGGACACAGUCCGCCUGGUUCUCACCAAGCUGGGCCCGGGCACGCUCAUCAACGACAUACUGGGCGAGCUGGUCAAACUGGGCAGCAAGCCAGACAGCGAACAACCUCCAGCCUCCAAACCCACCUCCUCCUGCUCCUCCACCUCCUCCUCCUCCUCCACCUGUGGCCUGUCCGAGUCGCUGGAGGCCCGAGGGACCGAGUCCCCCUGUCCUGCAGACCCCCUGGGGGACAAAGACAACCUGAGGCCUGUUGUUCUCGAUGGCAGCAACGUGGCCAUGAGUCAUGGUAAUAAGGAGGUGUUCUCCUGCCAUGGGAUCCAGCUGGCUGUUGAUUGGUUCUUGGAUCGAGGUCAUCGUGACAUCACCGUGUUUGUGCCCGCAUGGAGGAAAGAGCAGUCCCGCCCUGAUGCACUUAUUACAGACCAGGAGAUCCUGCGUCGCCUGGAGAAGGAGAAGAUCCUGGUGUUCACGCCGUCGCGCCGCGUCCAGGGCCGCCGGGUGGUCUGCUACGACGACCGCUUCAUCGUCAAGCUGGCCCACGAGUCGGACGGCAUCAUCGUCUCCAACGACAACUACCGCGACCUGGCCAACGAGAAGCCCGAGUGGAAGAAGUUCAUCGACGAGCGCCUGCUCAUGUACUCGUUCGUCAACGACAAGUUCAUGCCCCCUGAUGACCCGCUGGGGCGUCACGGCCCCAGCCUGGAGAACUUCCUCAGGAAGAGACCCAUCAUGCCUGAGCAUAAGAAGCAGCCCUGCCCUUACGGUAAGAAGUGCACAUACGGCCACAAGUGUAAGUACUACCACCCAGAACGUGGAGCCCAGCCCCAGCGCUCGGUGGCGGACGAGCUCCGGGCCAGCGCCAAGACGACCUCGGCCAGCAAGGGCCAGGGCGAGGGCCUGGUGAAGAGCCACAGCGUGCCGGUGGGCGCCGACGGGGCGGCGGGCGACAAGACCGGGGCCUCCAAGAGGCAGUCGGACCCCAGCGUCAGGGCCCUGUCGUACAGCGAGGCCGAGGACAAGCUGCUGGGCCGGGGCGAGGGCCGCAAGAACAGCCUGUGUGGCAGCAGCACCGGCAGCAGCUGUAGCGGGAGCGUUGUCCUCUCCCCGGCUCCUGGAGGCCCGCCCUCCGGGCUGGGCUGCUACGCCCAGGAGCAGCCCCCCAGAGCGGACACGCCGCAGCGGGUUCCCCCUUCCCCCCACCCGGACCUCUACCCCAGCGCCGAGCCCCCGGACCUCAGCUACUACUCCGUGAUGCGGGCCUACUCCGGCCUCGGCCUGGCGUCGCGCCACAUCCCCGACCGCCGUUUCCCUGGCGACGCGGACCCGCGCCGGGGCUCGGCGGCGUCGGACUGCGGCAGCGAGAGCGGCGUGAGCUGCGGGAGUGGCUACGAGUCGUACGGCGAGAGGGCGUGUCCGGCCUGUCCCGACGCCUUAUUGGACGGCGACGGCCCGCCGUACGGCGGCCACCAUCACCACCACCAGCAUCACCACCACCACCACCACAGCCGUCUGUACGCUCAUCCCAACGCGCCGCCGGCCGAGCCGCGACGCCUCCACCCCCCUGACUACCCCCCCGGCCCCACCCUCCACAGCUACCACCAGAGCCUGGCGCGCGGGCACAGCUACACCCACGACGACCCUCCCGACCCCUGCCUGAAGCGCCCUCUGUACCCCCUCCCCCCCCACCUGCAGCACCAGACUGUGGGGGCCCGCUCCAGCUGCCCGGGAGACUACCCCUCCCUGGCCCCGACCAGCCUCCACCCUCCUGGGUCGCCCCUGGCCCGCUGCCUGGCCUCCACACGGGUGGAGAGCGUGUCGGACUCCCGCUUGUACGAGCACCCCCUCGCCCCACCCCCCUCUCUCUCGCACCACCAGAAGCCUUUCUCCAGCUGGGACCCCCAGUACCGCCAACCCCCUGCCCCCCGGUAUGACCCCCCCAGCUGCCAGAGCCUACCAGAGAGCCGUCAGUCAGGCUGGCACGGCUCCACGUCUGCCUGGGGGUGGGAUAGAUACACCCAGGCCCCUCCUCCUCCUCCCCCCCCAGCAUACCCCCACUACCCUCCUUACCACUCCAGUACGCCUCUCCCCUCUCACACGCCUCACCUACCCCACCCCUCACACAUGCCCCCCCCCUCCCACACGCCGCACCCCCCUCCCCACCCCCUCCGGCCCCCCCUGCACCAGGAGCCCCCCUCCCUCAGCCGGCUGGACGAGGCCAGGGAGAAGGUGUACGUCGACCUGUGUAACAUCUUCCCCUCAGAGCUGGUUGGCAUGGUGAUGGGCAGGAGCCCCCACCUCAUAGACCCCCAGCAGCUAGCAGCCGCCAUCCUGGCAGAGAAGGCCCAGUGUGGCUACUAGCGACGGGCCACAUCACCUCGCUGACUCGGCUUCAGUCAGUGAAGUCGCCGUUGAUGGUAAAACCACCUGUAGAACAUGGUGUGUGGCGGAUAUGGUUAGGACAGUGACUGUCUAUACACACACCAUAUGUUUAUAAUGUGUCAUCUACCUAAAGCAUAGGCAACAGUUUAAUUUAUUUAUUCAGCUUUCUUUUUCUUUUCUUUUUUGUCCAUCUUAGAUUUCAUGUUAGUAAUGCACGGGCAACAAUAUGAAUUGAUUAACAAAGCACUUUCUUAGAUAACCUACGGCUAAUAUUAUUAAUACACUUGACUUCCAUGCUCAAGUUUUCUCAACUUUUUCAUCAUUUUAAUCAAUGACCCCCACCUUCUUUAACUCCACUGACAAAUCAUGGUAGAUCUUAAAAAGAAAAAGAUAUGCCCAGAUGAUUCUUGCUGUAGUGUACAUAUACAGGCCUUAUUUAUUGCUGUUGUGUUUGAAGUGUUCUGUGUUUGUUGCUGUGUUUAGAGGUGGCUGAUUUGAGGCGGGGUUAGGUUGCUGCCACGGUUGUAGAUGUAGGGGCUGGCUCGUUGGGAGAUUCUGCCGUGUGUACCUUAGUUUUAGUAAGGGACAUCUCUGUCUGGCCCUCCGCCAACACUGGGAGACGCUACAUGAGACGGGUACACUACAGAAAGAGAAUUACCUCUACCAUAAAGUUAAGAUUUCACAGACAUGUUACAAAUGUAGCUUUCUAUAGCUAGUCUCCAGACAUUUGUGGUUGCUUUGUUACGUCGGCAGACGUCCUCGGGGUGGACGACGUCCGCUGAAUGAGCCUGGCAUUUAGUCAGCGUAGGUUGUAUGUAGCAGUUUCCGGUACAAUCCGUUGCAUACAGAGAAAAAGACUUUCUUUAUUGAUACAAAUUGUAUCAUUCAGUUUAUCACAGAGGUUUGUAUACACCGCACGGCCAUGUUUAUUUAUGAAAACAGCAUUUACGACUGUGAUACGAAAAUGUUCUUGGAAACAGUUGAUCUUUUUAUUGUAUAAUUUUAAACAUUUAGGAGUGGUUUACCUAUUUUGUUUAGGUAUUCUGACUUCUUUGGAUGGGUAGGUCACACAGCUGGCUUAAAAUCGUGGGAGAAGUCAGCGAAGGGAAAAGGCUGUCUGAAAUCUUCAGUUUGUUUCGAAAAAAUAAAACGUUUGUUUGAAGAAGCGCCUUCUCUCUGGCUCCGCGACACUGUGUGUCGGGGGGGACAGAGGUGUGGGCCAAAAGUAAUGCCUGUGAAUGGCAUUGUGCUUAUGACACAUCCAAUACUCUGAACUAUGUUCAGCAAACUGUUAUGCAUGCGUUUGUUUUUGAAGUAUUUUCUGCUCUUAGUUUUUUUUUUUUUUAAACAGUUCUAACACCUUAGAAUUGUAUCUGUUUUGUUUGGUCAGGUUGUAUGAGCUUGAUACGGUAUCAUCUUAUUCGUUUUUUUCUUAAUCAUCUUUCUUAUUGCAUGAUCUGACCCAAGUAUUUUUGUUAAUGCAUACAGUCCAGUAGAUGUAAUGAAUAUAUAAGUACAAGAGUGGUUGUCAUAAUCCAGUUAUCACUACUAACACCAUUAAAACCAAAUAAUACUUUCACUAGGCAAUAGAAUAUUAGGUUGUACAAGGCCGGUGCAACCUUCAUUUUUAUGUGCCAAACAUGUAAAACUUCUCUGGUUUACUUAGAUGAGUCCUUUGGAUGUCUUGUUUGAGUAAUAUGACACAGUGCCAAUGUCAAAUUUGUGACUUGGCAAAAAAAAUAUAUAUAUUUAACCUAUUUGUCUUUGUAAUGUAAACAAUGUACAUUUGUGUGUAGAAUAAAAACAACAAAUCAGAUGCUUCUCAACCCCAUGACGAUAACAGGGUUUCCGUGAUCCGCGGGGUCUUAAAAUGUACAAUUCUGAACUUUAAAUUUACGUUUGAAUUACGGGGGGGUUUGACUCCCCUUAUUAAGACUUGGACCCCCCCCCAAAAGAGGUAAAAACA